AGUGAAGACAGUGAAGUAUCAUGCCUUGAAAUUGAUUACUCUUGGAACCCGACAUUCAAAUGUCAGGUAAACACAACAAUAACAAUGACGGAAAAUCGCUAUCGCACUUUGAAAUGCGUGAUUGUAGUUUGCGGACCAAACACGGUGAACUGUGCCGCGCCAAAUGUAAAUUAUGAUUCGCGGGUCUUGUAUUAUUUGCAUAAUUAUAAAAUUGUGCUCCGUUAUCCCAUUGGUGCUCUCGAUGUAAUUUCAAAUUUACAUAAUCAAUCGAGAUUUUCAAAAUAUAUUAAUUAUUAUAUCACGUAAUAUUUUUCUAAAAUGACCCAAGAGAAUGAAUGUGUUUCGGAAUCUAAUCCGAAUAUUAAUGAUUUAAAUGAAGUUACUACAAGACCAUACAGGGUGACAAUGGAAUUUCCAUUAUUUUUUACGAUUCUAUCCGUAUCGCUCUCAGGUGCAGCAAUAAGUAAUAUUCUACUGUAUCGUACAUGUGUUCAUUCAUUAAACCAUACAACAGAAGAAUGUCAAGUAUUUUUAUCACCUGUAAGAAAUAACGGAUCACAAGAAUUAGAGGAGCAGGUGCAAAAGUAUGCAGCAUUUGUAGCCACAGUUAGAACAAUACUUGAAUCAUUGGCUCCAGCAGUACUGUCCUUAUUUCUUGGUGUUUGGUCAGACAAACAUGGACGUAAACCUCUCAUUGUGUGGCCUCUAUUUGGUAUGUCAAUAAGUGGAGGUCUGAUGGUAAUCUAUAGUAUGAUGGAGGAUUUAGGACCCUGGUGGUUCAUAUUGACAGUCAUUCCAAUGUCAAUGGUAGGAGGUUUCACUGCAUUAUUCACUGGCGCAUUUUGUUAUUUAAGCGACAUAACAACUAAGGAAACACGAUCUCUGCGGAUGACAAUUGUAGAGGCAUCUGUAUCAGUUGGCAGUGUUAUAGGCUCCCUUGCAAGUUCCUACUUACUGAGAGCAGUUGGGAAUGUCUAUUUAUUACUUAUAACUGCAUCCCUGUGCGUCAUCGCAUAUGUGUUUACAAAUUGCUGCUUAGAAGAAUCUUUACCAGGCGUUACUAAAGGUGGCAUAAGAUCAGUAUUGGACUACAAACUCAUAAAGGAAAUGAUCGCUGAAUGUUUCAAAAAGCGUCCAAACUACGGGAGGGCUCAAAUACUAUUGCUCACAGUAGCUAACAGUUUAUCAAUAUUCAUUAUGUAUGGGACCCUAAGUUUAGGGUACCUGUAUACUAGGAAACAAUUACACUGGGCCAUACAACAGUAUACAGUGUAUUCAGCGGCUCAUACGACGAUAGCUUUCGUCGGCUCGUUUAUUGGAGUAAUGCUGGUGCAGAAAUUCUUCAAAGUGUCGGAUUUGGCGUUGUCUAUAAUUGCCUUCUUGUCGACUGGCGUCGAAUAUGUAAUCAAGGCGUUCGCUGUCACAUCCUGGCAUAUGUAUUUGGCUGCUAGUAUAUCCUUAUUCAGAGAUCUAUCUUCUCCGCUUAUUCGGUCGCUGAUAACCAAAAUUCUGCCCCCACAAGACAUAGCUAAGGUGUUCGCACUGAUGUGCGCCAUAGAGGGAAUCGCGCCUUUAAUCUCUCCCGCCAUAUACAAUUCUCUAUACGCGUACACAAUAUCUACGUUCCCUGGAGCCUUCUAUUUACUGUGCGCUGGGAUAACUGGGAUAUGUGUCACGUUCCUCGGAUUCGUGCAAUACUUCAGGUGGAAGACGGGUACUACUGCGGUCGCUUAUCAGAAUUUGACAAAUGAGUGAGUUGCGAAUUCUGUUACCGAUAUAAAAAUAUCACAAUAUUCUUAAAUAUAUAUAUAUAUAUAUAUAUAUAUAGUCAUUUUUGUGAUGUAUCAUAAUUAUUAUUGAUUGCUAUUCUAAAUGUGAUCUAGAAGAAAAUAUUAUAUUGUACUAUGAGUAUGUAUAAAUUGAUCAUAUCAAGGCGUUGAUCUAAAAAAAAAUAUGACGAUUAUGACGACUAAUCAUAUUGAUAAGUAGGUUAACCGUAAUAAAAUGUAUAUUAUUACUUCAGUUACCCUUAAACCAGUGUCAGAAAUUAAUAUAAUAUCGUAACGAUCUCUCAGUUUAUCUACUUACUUAUUUGCCUAUUUUCAGGCAAGUUGAAUUGAUAAUAUUUUAGUUUUAAGAAGAUUUUUUUAUGUCUAACGCAAUCAUUAACGUUCAUAUUUUCUGUGGUACCAAGAAAAAUAAACUUAAUUGGAAAAUAUGUUGUUUGUGCGUAAAGUAGAUAGCUACUAGUAAUCGUCGUGAAAAUCCCAUUCAAUAAUAGUUAAAUGACGUAUAGCAUAGUAAUAUUUUAUGGUUUCACUCUACGACUCUACGCGAUCAAUGAACUUGACCUACAGAAAGAUAUCUAUGACGUCACAAGUUAAUUGUAGAGACUUCACUAGGUCACAACACUAAUAUAUCUACGUACAUGAAUUCCAAUUUUAUUGUAACUGCUUUUAGUAGUUAUUUUGUUUUUAUGUAUGUAUAAAAAUAUAUAGUCACAUCGUAUUUUGUAUUUUGUUUCCAUGCAAUAUAAAACAAUGCGUUUUGUAAUGAUAUUAUACUGAUUCGAUCUAUUAAUGAGUUCAUACUUGUUUAGCCAUAAUAAAUUGCAGACUUCGUGUCAAUGACUGAUAAACUUUAUUGUCUUUGUAUUACUAAUAAACCAGUAUAAUUACUGUACCAGUCACGACUAGCGAUUUACACUUUUUACUAUUUACCUAGAUUUAUUUUAACUUACAAUGAACUAUUUUAGACUUUUAAGUCUUGUAAAUUAGCAAAAAAAAUAUAUGUGUCAAAGGAUAAUACUUUAACAAUUAAGUAAAUAUUUUAAAUCAUUUAUUUUAUAUCUCAGUAGUUACAGUUCAAUCUUAACAAUUUUUUUUUUCAUUAGCCGCCUCAUUGUUGUUCAAAGAUAUGUAAAGUUUUAGUAGUGGUGCGCUUAAGUCACUAAACUAAAUUUAGUCAUUUUAAUUCAGUCGUCACUGAAUUUAGGAAAGUGUAGUCGCACUCAGUUUGCAUUUAGAAGUUUAAGAUGGUUUCUGACUGACUAAGUCAUUUAGAAACCUAAAUAGAAUUACAUUUAAGAAGGUGUAAUCGCAUUUAGUUACUUUUUUAAAUACAUAUCUUGAUAAU